AGAACCGCGAGUGUUUAAUUAUUUUUAUAAUUUAUAAUAAGUUACACACGUAAACGACUGAAUUAGUGCUACGAAUCGCACUUGAUUAUAACUUGAUUAUGCUAAUUUAUCUUGUUAUAAACGAAAAAUUAACAAGUUGAUAUGUCUUUAUUGAAAGAAAACAAAUUUGACUGCCGGGUUAGUUCGGUGCUAAACAAAAAUGUUCGAUCUUACGGAAAAAAGUAUAUGUUUGAUAAUUCCAAUGAAACGUGUUGGAAUUCUGAUGCAGGAAGUCCACAGUGGAUUGUUAUUAACUUUGAAGAAGAAUGUAAUGUUUCUAAUUUUGAAAUAGAAUUUCAAGGUGGAUUUGCUGGCAAAGAUUGCCAUAUAGAGGCUGGCAAUGAUGAAAAAGAUAUGACAGUUGUGGAAGCAUUUUAUCCAGAGGAUACAAAUAAACUACAGCGUUUUAACUUAAAGAACCGGAUCAAAGCCAAGACUUUUAAAUUUGUGUUCAAUCAAAGUACUGAUUUUUUUGGCAGAAUUAUUAUAUAUAAUUUGUCAUUAUAUUCGUGAUAUCAAAUAUCUGAUAUUUUUACAAUAUGUAUAAAAGAUAUUUACACAAAUAUCACAAUUAGUGGUCAGAUCUAU